AUGACUCAUGCGCUCAAGAAGCUAGUGAAAAAGUUCAAUCCUCCAGUAGUAGAAAUUAUCGAACCGAUGCUAGGGGACGACAGGAGAGUGGCAACGGGACUGAAGAGUGGGUUCCAUUCCUCUCUCUCUAACUCUGAUUUGGGAGGUAAAAUCUGGAUUUUCUAUGAGAACCAGCUGAAUAUUUCCAUCAUUUCCGUCUCCAACCAAAUGAUCACUUUAGAAGUGAACAUACUGCCUCUUUCUCAUAUGAUUACUCUCUCAAUUGUUUAUGGUCGAUGCAAUAAGAUUCAGCGUAGAAGCCUGUGGAACGAUCUUUGCUCCCUUAGUACUAGCAUUCAAGGCCUCCUGGAGGCGGGUUACGUUGAAAACUGUUUCACCUGGUGCAAUAAUCGAGAUGAUAAUGCCCGGGUUUUGGCCAGACUCGACAGAGUCCUAAUGAACAGCUUGUGGGCCACCUCCUUUCCCAGUUUUCGGGUAGAACACCUCCCUAGAAAUAGGUCAAAUCAUGCACCGUUGCGGCUGCAUCUUUCUUCUCCAUUGUUGUCCAAGCCGAAACCUUUUCGUUUUCUGAGAAUGUGGGCUCUUCAUGAGUCGUUUCAGUCGGUCAUUUUGAAGGCAUGGGCAGGCGACUGUGCUGCAGAACCAUUCACCAAUAUUUAUCUCAAGCUGAAAAAGACAAAACAACUGCUGAGAGUUUGGAACAGAGAGCAAUUUGGGAACAUUUUCCAGCAAAUCAAAAAGGUAGAAGAGAAUCUUGACAUCCUUGAUAAUAGGAUUCAGGACGACCACUCGGAAGAUCUCAUCAAUCAAAGUCUGGAAAUAAAACAAAAGCUAGAGCGUCUGCAAUUAAUGGAGGAGAUUUUUUGGAAACAAAAAGCUAGGAACUCUUGGCUAGAGGAGGGAGAUAAGAACACGGCCUUCUUCCACGCGUCGGCGACUGAAAAAAUAAGAAGAUUAGCCAUUCAAUCCAUCACCUUGGAGGAUGGAACAUCUAUAUCCAACUUGGAUGAUAUCAAGUCAACGACGGUGGAUUUUUUUGAAGGCCUUUUUCAGGGAGAGGAAGUAUCCCUCUUGGCAGACUUUGUUCAUAACCUCCCGAGGUGGCUCCAACAACAGGAUAAUAAUCCUUCCAAAGUCCACCUAUGA